AUGAAUUUUAAUUCUUAAUAAAAUUUUAGAUUUUGCAAUAAUAAAUAGUAAUAUGAGAUUCCAGAAGCUCUCAAAAAGAAGAUUCAGAAUAGAGCUAGGCAUAUGAUUAUUUCAUUCACUUUGGUAGUUUUUGGAGGAGUUCUUCUAGCAGGCAAAUAUACUUAUUAAAAGUUUUAUCCAAAGGAAACUUAAAAAUUUAAUGAGACAUAAAUAGUAAAUGAGAAUUAGAAAAUUAUUGAGGAUAAAUAAAUUUCAUUAGAGAAACCAAAAUAAUGA